AUGGCUAAAGACCACGAUGACUUCUUGAAUACCGUCGAGGGCGAGAUUACUUUCUUUCGCUCGCUGAUGCGGGCCCGGCCUGUUGGCCUGCAUAAACAUUUCCAUGCUUUGUCUAUGCGCACGGCAAUUCACCAGGAUACUGGCCGUUACGUGACUCUGGACGCGAUAUGGGAGAAAUUGAACGCGUUGUACAACUUGAAGGCUUUGGAGGAUUUGGACGCAGAAGGUUACGACUCCCCCGAAGGAGGUGGCACGCCACACGCCAGCAUACCUACUCCAGACCCGGACCAGAACCUGAGCAAUCACCCCUUCUUUCGUAAAGAAUUCGAACUCCCACACGAUCCCAUAGUUGAGUCUGAACUUGCUAAACGCCGAAUACGCUCCUCCCCCUCGCCAUCACCGUCCUCCGCGCCGACACCGAGCGCUUCCGUGCCACGCAAGAAACGGGGCCGCCCACCCAAGGCGAAGAAUAAGACCAAACUGGCUGGAGAGGAGAGUGAUGCGAGCGAGUUGACGCAGUACACGCAGGAGGAUGACGACGUGAGCAUGGCGGACGCUCAGACCGAAUCUGGAACAGUUGAUGGCACAGAGGAUGGAGAAUCGCCAGGACCGUCUAGGAAACGCGCUGGGACUAAGAAGCCUCGCGGUCAGGGUGCACGGGGCCGCGGUGCUCGAGGAGGGACUUCCAAGAGCAAGAAGAAACGGUGA